CAGCAGCUGCGCCGCGCCAUCGAGGAGUGCCGCCGCGCCAUCCUGGCGCUGCCCGAACACUCGGAGCGGCAGAAGGACGCGGUGGUGCGGCUCAUCCACCUCCGCCUCAAACUGCAGGAGCUGCAGGACCCUGAUGAAGAGGAACCCAACAUCCGCGUGGUGCUGGAGCACCGCUUCUAUAAGGAGAAGAGCAAGAGCGUCAAGCAGAUGUGUGACAAGUGCAGCACCAUCAUCUGGGGCCUCAUCCAGACCUGGUAUACCUGUACAGGGUGCUACUAUCGGUGCCACAGCAAGUGCCUGCCCCUGGUCACCAAGCCCUGCGUCAGGUCCAAGGUGAGCCACCAGGCCGAGUACCAGCUCAGCAUCUGCCCUGAGAGCGGGCUGGACAGCCAGGACUACCGCUGUGCCGAGUGCCGGGCCCCCAUCGCCCUCAGGGGGGUGCCCAGUGAGGCCCGACAGUGCGACUACACCGGCCUCUACUACUGCAGCAGCUGUCACUGGAAUGACCUGGCUGUCGUCCCCGCCCGCGCCAUCCACAACUGGGACUUCGAGCCCCGCAAGGUGUCCCGCUGCAGCAUGCGGUACCUGGCGCUGAUGGUGUCGCGGCCUGUGCUGAAGCUGCGGGAGAUCAACCCUCUGCUCUUCAACUACGUGGAAGAGCUGGUGGAGAUCCGGAAGCUGCGCCAGGACAUCCUGCUCAUGAAGCCGUACUUUAUCACCUGCAAGGAGGCAAUGGAGGCACGGCUGCUGCUGCAGCUGCAGGACCGACAGCACUUUGUAGAGAACGACGAGAUGUACUCGCUGCAGGACCUCAUUGACAUCGAGGCUGGGCGCCUGAGCUGCUCCCUAACUGAGAUCCACACCCUCUUCGCCAAGCACAUCAAGCUGGACUGUGAGCGUUGCCAGGCAAAAGGCUUUGUGUGUGAGCUUUGCAAGGAGGGCGAUGUGCUUUUCCCCUUUGACAGCCACACCUCAGUGUGCACUGACUGCUCCGCCGUCUUCCACAGGGACUGCUACUACGACAACUCCACCACGUGCCCCAAGUGCGCCCGGCUGAGCCUGCGCAAGCAGUCCCUCUUCCAGGACUCUGUGGCUGAGGCAGAGCCCUAAGCAAGGGCCCAUCUUCACGGCCACCGGGGCCCCACGAUGGACAGAUGGCCACGGAGGCUGCCCUGCAAACUUCAGUUCUGCCACUCACGUGGGGCCAGGACUUGUGCUGGGCGGGGGUCCUGCACUUUGCCACCUGCAGCCACAUUGCGUGGGCGAGCAUGCUGGCAGAGCCGGAGGAACGGGCUCUUCCAGGAAGGGCGAGGGUGCCUGGAUGGGGCUGAGGUUUCCACGUGCUCCCAAAGGGCUGGGCAUGGCGUCUGGGGGAGAACCGGGGGGUCCCACCCUGGUGGGGCUGCCGGCAGCCACCACGUGCAGCCAGUGCUCUGGGUGAACACUACCUGGUUGGAUGCUGCUGUUCUGGGGGGAAGCAUCUUUUCUUCCUCCCCUGCAUUACAGGACACAUUAGAACACUGAAGGUCGGGGCUGAGGGGGGAUUUAAGGGCAGUGCUGGUGUGUGACACUACGUCAGGGGUGGGGCACACCACUGCCUCUGCUUUUGCAAUUGCUCAUUGCUGCUCGCGGGAGCCCCUACUGCACAUGCUGUCCCCCAACACCACUCCUGCAACACUUGCCCGGUCUGUCGCA